UGUUACUAUCAGGCGUGACUAUUAGCUGGUGCCUGACUGUUGCUUUUGUGAAGCGGUGUUGUCUGUCAUCCAUGGGCUUAUCCAUGACAUGAUUUUGUUGUAGGUGCUAUCAAUUAUCGACAACAACCUGAGAGUUUCCGCGACUCGCUCGGACCCUCACCCGUAAACGCGCUCGUUUCAAGCGGACGCUUUCGUGGCGCUAUUCAUGAGAUUCGUUUGUAGCGUAUAGACGGAAUCUGUGGAGCAACAGGCCCGAAAGGGCUUCUCGAGGAUGAGCAUUUUCCUGCGCUGCUGCUUUGGAGCCAGUGAGCGCCAAGAGGACUCGCGCCUGGUGAUCCCCAUCAUUAAACCAGCAGAUGGCGGUGCCGCUCCGGCAAAAGUACAGGUUAUUCAGGCGUCACACGAUUCUGGUUGCAAGGGCGAUUCUACACACGACCUUGGGUCGCUACCUCCUACGUCUGCCCUGAUUGCUUGCACGGACGCUUUCAGCCAAGAUGCCUUUGGGGUGGCCAUGGGGCUGCAAGCAGCAAUGUGCUGUGCGGCUGUGCCUGGGCUCAGUUUGGAAGGCCGCGCUGUCCGGCUUACUCAAAGUGUGCAGCGAUACCUGGGCGCCACUGCGGUCCGGCUUUACAUCGCUACCGACGUGACCGAAGAAGGCUAUUCUGGAGAGCACGGCAGCCUGGCCCAGCUGGCGGCCGCGCUGGCCCCCGCGUCCGCCGGCGCCCAGCGGCCGCGCUGCGGCCUGUGUCCGGCUGCGGGCAGCUGCGGCUGUCCCUACCCCGAGGCCGCGGGCGCCUCCUCCGCGCUCUUCCGGCAGGCGCUGUUCAGCAAGGCGCCGGUGGUCCACGCAUUCGGCCCGCGGGCGCCGUUCGUGUCGGCGGCGGGCGGCGCCACCGCGGCCGACGGCGGCGUCAACGCGCUGCUGUCGGGCAGCAGCACCUUCUCACUGGGGGCUACAGCCGCCAGCCUGCCGCUGGUGAGAGCCAUGGCGGCGGCGGCGGCGGCACCGGCGGCGGCCGGCUGUAGCUGCGCCGAGGCGGACCUGUGCGACCUGGACGCUGCCGCCAGCGGCGCCGCCAUGACCUUCGCCGUCGUGCCGCUGGGCUUCGGACUCGGCUUCGGCGGCGCCGCCGGCGCGGUCCCCAGCGGCAGCGGCGGUGCGGCGCAGGCGGCGGGCGCCGUGGUGCCGUUUGGGCUGCUGUGGAUUGCGGUGGCGAGCAGUGCCGGCGACCCCGAGGCCGCAGCAGGUGAUGGCGGCGCCGGCGGCGUGGAGGUGGCGGCGGUGGCGGCAGGCGCUGCUGUGGCGGCCGACGCCAGUAGUGCCAAGGCUAGCGCGCAUCCGACCGGCGGCUCGCAAGUGCCUGCGCCCUCGCAGCCGCUGUCGCCGCCGCCGCCGCCGGUGCCUGUAUCGGCACCACAGCAGGCGCGUGCGCCGCCGCCGCCGCCAACGCCGACGGCGCCGGUGAUGGCGAGCCUGACCCAGAGCGCCCGCCUGUCCGCUUCUCAGGACCACGCCUCCCGCACCAGCUACGUCACCAGCGGCGCGUCGGGCCGCGGCCGUACCUCCCUGGCCGCGGCCUUCCGCGAGGCGCAGGCGCAGACGCUGGAGCCAUCGCCCUCCAGCACCCGCUCGCUGCGGGCGCUGCACCUGCAAACCGUGCAGCGCUCAACCGCCGUCAACGGCUCAACCGACGCCUCCAACGGCCCCGGCGGCGGCGCGCAGGAGGCCGCCGCGGCAGCUGCCGCUGCCGCCUCUGCCACCGCUGCCGCUGCCGCUGCCGCGGCGGCUGGGCGACUGCUGUCCAGCACUGCGGCGCUGCAGCAUGCCGGACUCAGCGCCGCCAUGAUCCUGGGUACGGGCGCCGCCGGGCCCAACCACCUGCGGUGGUUGGCGGGCGCGGUGCGGCGGUUGGCGGGCGCCGCCACGCUGGCGGCGCUGGUCGGCGAGCUGCGCGACUGCCUGACGGAGGCCGUACGGCGCACGAUGCGGCUGGACGUGACCGUACAGCUGGCCAUGGUGCCCAGCUACGACUCGCGCGUCGCGUACACGCUGCGUGCGGAGGCGGGCUCCGGCGGCGGCGGCGGCGGCGGUGGCGGUGGGGGCGGCGCUGCUGGGGUCAGCGCUAGGCUGAAGCGCGGCAUGACCACCAGUGACGCCCACGACCUGCAAGCCGGGGCGGCGGCCGCUGCGUGCAACAGCGCCUACUCCCAUGGCGGCUGCGUGAUGGCGGUGGCGCCGAGCCGCGCAUCCACCGCCAACCUGGCCGCGUCCCUGUCCCGCCUGCGCUUCUCGUCGGUGGCGGCGGGCGGCUCGGCGGCGGCUGUGGUGUGGCACGCUGCUGACACAUCGGCUGAGGGCGUAAAGCACAGCCUUGCGCCGGGCGCCAGCGCGUUGUCGCCUGCGCGGCGGCCCCCGCACUCAGCCCUCACGCCCGUUGCAGCCGGCGACACCGCCGCUGGCGGCGGCGGCGGCGGCGGCGGGGGCGCGCUACCUGGCCGCUUGGUCGCUGCGUACUCCUCCGUCAACGCACCCCUGCUUGACGGCCCAGCGGCGUCACGCACCUGGUCUCUGACCACCCCGCGCAUCACCGCCUCGCACAGCGUCUACGCCCUCGACCCGCCGCCGCCGCCCGGCUCAACCGCCGCCGCCGCCAGCGCUGCCGCCGCCGGCGGCGGUGGCGGCGCCGCCAGCGCCGCCGCUGCGGCGGCGGUCAUGGGCCCUGGCACCGCCGCCAUCAGCGCUCGCGCCUUCCGCCUGACCGGCACCCUGCUCCAGGCCAUGCUGGCGGCAGCCGCAGGGACGGCUGGCGGCGGCGGCAGUGCCAGCUACCGCAAUCACUCCGCCGCGCACGGGCUGAGCGGUAGCGCGUCCGGAAGCAGCAACGGCGCUGUUGGCGGCGGCGGCGCUGUUGGCGGCGGCGGCGGCGGCGGCGGCGCGCUGCCCGGCAUGUACGUGUGCGACUGCGGGCGGCACGUGCAGGACGAGCGGCAGCCCAGUCGCGAUGUACUGAUGAUGAUGAUGGCGGCGGGCGCAGGUACGGCAGCCGCGCCAGCCGGCUCACGUGCCGCCGCCUCGCCGCCGGCAGCGCUCGGCGCGCACGCAUCGGCGUCACAUACGUCGCUGUCCGCGUCCUCCAACGCGGCGGCGGCGGCGGCGCUGGUGGCGGCAGGCGGCGGCGGCGGCGGCGGCCGCCACGGCGGCGGCGGCGGCCGUGCGGCGCCCAUACGCAGCCUGGUGCUCCUGGGUGUGGACGUGGGGGAUGGGGCCGUGCUGGCGCUGUAUGUGGGGCUGCCGGCGCCGGCGGCGGCGGCGCUGCUGACGGCGGUGCGCGACACGUGCGCCGGCCUGCUGGACAAGCUGCUGUCGGGCCUGGUCCGGCACCGCCUGCGCUGGAGCGGCCUGGCGGCGGACUGGGACACACUGCGCGCCGGAGUGCCCGGAGCCUACCUGUCCGUGUCGCACUCGGUCCGCGCAGCCGGAGCGGGCGCCAGCAGCAGCACCACCGCCGCCUCCGCCGCCCUGCUGUCCACCACCGGCAACAUCAACCUGAGCUUCGCGGCAGGCCCGUAUGCAGGCGGCAGCGGGGCGGGCGGCCUUGCAUCCCUGGGUGCGGCGCGUUGGUCGUCCCUGUGGCAGCCGCAGCCGCAGCCGCAGCAGCUGUCCAUGCCCGGCGGCAUUGGCUGCGGCGCGGGCGGCAGCAGCGGCGGCGGCGGCGGCGGCGGCGGCCAUGUGAUGGGCGGCCCCUCGCUGUCGUCGGCGCCGGCCGCGGAUGACGAGCUUCUGCUGCAGCAGCUGGGCGCAGCCGCGGCGGCGUCCGCAAGCGGCGGCGGCGGCGGCGGUGGCAACAGCUGCUCGCACUCCGUCGGCUCCAACGCAGUCGGCGCGGCCGCCGCCGUGAGCGGCAGCGGCGCCGGGCGGCAGCUGCAGCCGCAGGGCGGCGGCGUGGGAGGCAGCAGCGGCGGCCGCCGCCUGUCAGCCUUGCCGUCCUCCUCGUCCGCUGUCAACACCGGCGCCACGACCAUCGCCGGCGCCGCCACGCCGCCCCUGCCGGCGCCGCAGGUACCCGACGGCAGGCGCGGCACCACAUGCGCCGUGCCUGCGGGCCCCGAGGCACCCGCGCCACCCGCCGCGCACGGCAGCGGCAGCGGCCGCGGCGCCGGCAAGUCCGGCCUCCACCACCCGCCCACCCCCACCGGCCGCAGCGGCCGCUCCCUGGUCCGCGACCUACUGGCCUUGGGCCUGCAGUCCGCCCCCACCGGCCGCGGCGGCAGCAGCAGCGGCAACAAGGAGCACCCGCUAGGCGCCGACAAGGGCAGCCGCGGCGGAGGCGGCGGUGGAGGCGGCGGCGGCGGCGGCGUCCAGCGUGGUGACGACGAUACGGAUGACGAGGGCUGGCCCGCGACCUGCACCGGCACAGGCACCGGCACGGCUGUGGGUUGGCGCGGCGGCUCCACUUGCGGCUCCAGCAUGGGCGUGCAGGGCGGCGGUGGCGGCGCAGGAGGUGGCGGCUGCUGCGGCGCGGCGGAGGGCCCGACCGCCACGGCGCUGCUGACUGUGCAUGACCUUGAGGAGACGUACGAGAGCUGGGGCAUGCGGGCGCAGAUGGGCGCGCUGGUGGACUCCAUCCUCACCACCACCCUGGCCGCGGGCAACACCAGCGGCGCACACGCGCUCAUGGGGCCCGGCGGACCCGGGGCGGGCGGACCCGGCGGCGUGGACGACGGCACGGCGGCGGGGUGAGCGCGGUGACGUGUCUGUUUGUGUGUGUGUUAAAAAACGAAACGAAAGCCCGCCCAACGACGCGAUGGAGUUACUUACCGAUACCUACCAAUUUACCGAGCGUCGCGUGGUUGCCGUGACCCAGGUAGUCAUACUUACCCGCGAUAAGCCUGGAACCCCACGGGCGACCAUUCGGCCUGACCCCGCGAUGCACCUGUAUGCGUCCAUGCUCCGCACCCUGGGCGCGCUAAACAACGUUUACCCAGCACACCUAAUUCCCAGAUUCCCGCCCGCUGGUCGUAGUCGAGCUCACCUAUAGGCAAAAGCGGAAGUGUGCCUGUGUGUGCGCGCGUGUGUGGUUGCGGGGGGGGGGGGUUGCAGAGCUCUACUCGCCAGAGCCUUGGUUGAGCAGCCUGCGCGAAGUUAAUGAAACCUUUACACCAGUUCUUACCGUAUGUCUGUAACGUUGGGUCGCC